GAGCGAACCAUCACGAGCCAUAGACAGACGCGUCGAGUCGACUCACUUAACCCGAACGCGUCUCUCCUCGCUCUCUCUCUCUCUCUCGACGCCUCCAGAGUUCAAGAAAAGCAAGAAGGAAAGAAUCGUAUAAUCUUUCUCCCCCUCUCUACUUUAAUGAUUUUCCCUCACUUUCUCGGAUUCCAAACAUGCUUACAGAGAUUUCGAAAUUAGGAAAAAGAAAACGUAUUUUUAUCGGAUAACGGAGUAAGCGAAGGGAGGAUCUGGGUCGUCGGUGGAGGUAGAUGUCGCUGGAGAAUUCGAUGGCGGAUAGUCGUCGGCUUUCUUCUUCAUCGUCCUCUUCUUCGUCGAGUUCGGAACGAGUUUCGGUGAAGAUCGAGCGGGAGAUUGGAGUCGGUAAUUGCAUCAAUGGUUCUGAACAGUUGGAGAGCAAAGCGGCAACUGUUGCUUCGGACAACGGUGUGGCUGAAUCUUCAGAUUCUGGUCCGAGAGGCAUUGUCCGGGUGAGGACGUUGCCGGCAGAGAGUUCUUCAUGCAGCGAGAAGGCGGAAUCAUCUUCGAGCAAUCCUAAGUUGGAUAAAUCGAAGACCGAGAGACAAAGGGUUCCUCACAUUCUUGCUGAGGAUGCAGCAAAGAUAUUUGAUGACAAAAUCUCUGUCAACAAGAAGCUUAAAUUACUGAACCGUAUGGCUACCGUGAAAGAUGAUGGGACAGUCGAGUUUGAAGUUCCAGCAGACGUUGUUCCCAAUGCUCUCGGGGUUAAACCCGAAGAGCCGGAAAACGGGCAUGCUAACGAAGAUUCUAUUGAUGGGGUUGACCUUCAGGACAUUCCCCCCCUCCAAAUUGUAAUGCUUAUUGUCGGGACACGAGGUGAUGUUCAACCUUUCGUUGCCAUAGGCAAACGCCUUCAGGAAUAUGGACAUCGAGUUAGACUUGCAACACAUGCAAAUUUUAAGGAGUUUGUUUUGACUGCCGGAUUGGAGUUCUAUCCGCUAGGCGGUGAUCCAAAAGUUCUAGCCGGUUACAUGGUUAAGAACAAAGGUUUUUUGCCGUCAGGACCUUCAGAGAUUCCUAUCCAACGAAAUCAAAUAAAGGAGAUCAUAUACUCUCUGCUUCCAGCUUGUAAAGAUCCUGAUCCUGAUUCUGGAAUACCCUUCAAAGCCGAUGCGAUUAUUGCCAAUCCUCCAGCUUAUGGACAUACCCAUGUGGCGGAAGCGCUGAGAAUACCAAUUCACAUCUUUUUCACCAUGCCAUGGACGCCAACUAGUGAGUUUCCCCACCCUUUGUCACGCGUUAAGCAGCCAGCAGGAUACAGACUCUCGUAUCAGAUUGUGGAUUCAUUGAUAUGGCUCGGGAUAAGAGACAUGAUAAACGACCUUAGGAAAAAGAAGCUGAAGCUACGGCCUGUUACGUAUCUCAGUGGCUCACAAGCCUCUGAUUCUAAUAUACCUCAUGGAUACAUGUGGAGCCCUCAUCUUGUUCCUAAGCCGAAAGAUUGGGGACCGAAGAUUGAUGUAGUGGGAUUUUGCUUCCUUGAUCUUGCUUCGAAUUAUGAACCUCCUGCAGAACUUGUGGAAUGGCUUGAAGCCGGUGACAAGCCAAUUUAUAUCGGUUUCGGUAGUCUUCCUGUUCAAGAACCAGAGAAGAUGACCGAAAUCAUCGUGGAGGCGCUUCAAAGAACUAAACAGAGAGGAAUCAUCAAUAAAGGAUGGGGCGGCCUCGGAAACUUGAAAGAGCCCAAGGACUUUGUGUACUUGUUGGAUAAUGUCCCACAUGACUGGCUCUUCCCCAGAUGCAAGGCUGUGGUUCAUCAUGGUGGUGCUGGAACAACGGCUGCUGGUCUCAAAGCUGCGUGCCCGACCACCAUCGUGCCUUUCUUCGGGGACCAACCCUUCUGGGGAGACAGAGUUCAUGCCAGAGGAGUAGGGCCAGCCCCGAUACCGGUGGACGAAUUCUCCCUUCAUAAGCUGGAAGGCGCGAUAAACUUCAUGCUUGACCCCAAGGCAAGUAAAUAUUCUCUGAGGAACUUAAGAAAUCCCGGAUCUUCCAGACAGUAUGCCCGUGAAAAGCUCUGCGGAGGAACUGGCGAAGGCAAUGGAGAACGAGGACGGAGUGAAUGGAGCCGUGAAGGCGUUCUUCAGACAUCUCCCGAGCAAGAACCCUAGCCUCCUGUCUGAUCCAGCUCCCGACCAUUCCAGCUUCCUCUCCAUCAGAAGAUGCUUUGGCUGUUCUUAAGAAUCUCCUUGUAUGCUCUCUCUCUCUCGGGUUCCCUCUUCUUUUCACUUCUUUUUUCCCUCCAUUGAAAUCUCAUGCUCUCUCUCGAGAAGAACACUGAUAAUACAGAGCUUAGCUUAGGUUUUUUUUAUGUUAUGUAUGGUUUUUUGUGUUUCUCUUUCUAAUGGCAAUGUUUUUUAUCCAUGUGCGCUGUUGUGUGGAUUGGAUAUGGUUUGUUUAAUUGUUUGUCCUUCCAGAGUUUAGUUGAAGGCUUUACAGGGCCAUUGUCACUGGAGAAUAAAUGUGAAUAUUUUUUAUUUUA